GCAGGGACGAUGUCGGCGCUUCUUCGUCAGGGGGCGAGGAGGAUCGGUGCCGCCGUGCUCCAGCGAACCCAGGCGGCGAUCACAUCACCGGCGGUUGCGGAGGAGCGACGCCGGCUCGUGCCAAGGCGCAUGUACAGCACCGAGAAGCUCCAGCAAUCUCAUGAAGGGAUCACACACGAGAUCCAGCAGAGGAAAGAUGAGCUAUUUGAUUUGAUUGCUCAGGGGCAGAAGAGUGCUAGGACUAGAACCUGGCACAACGCUUGGCUACUCCAGUAUCUUUCUGAAGAAGUCACCCCAAGACCGUCUGACUCCUACUUGGAGGGUGUGCAGAAAAAAAGAAGGUUUUACAGUAGGAUCAGGAAUGCAGGCCUCUUAACAUUAAUCCUUGCGGCCAAUGAUUAUCGCAUUGUUCAUUCUGAAGAUAAGAAAGUAGAUCUGGUUACGAUGAUGAAGGAGGAGCAUGGAGCAAGCGAAGUGGAGAACAGGAUCUCCCCUGAUGGGGAUGGAGAAGUAAUCUGGAAGGAUGAAGAAACGAUGACUGAAGACAAGAUCCGGGAUGCCAACUUGUUAACUUCUUAAAUUAUUUCUAGUAUAUUCUGAUGGUCAUUCUUGGAAUGUUUUAUGAUGGUUGCUAGCUAGAACCCGGGUCCAAAUCUAGCACUGGUGAACUGCUAUAUUUGUGAUGUUGUAUGACGUACUAUGUUAUAGUAUGACAUUAUUAUUAUUA